GCCCGUCGGGCACACCUUCGCUGGUCCUCAGAGGAGGAAGUGUUUACAGUGACGUCAUAGCAGCUCGGCGAACAGGACCAGGAAGUAGAAGAAGCAUCAUGUUUCAUGGCAUACCAGUGAGCGGGAGUGUGGGAGGAGCUCCAGCCAAUAAGCCCGAGUUGUACGAGGAGGUGAAAUUAUACAAAAACGCCAGAGAAAGAGAAAAAUACGACAACAUGGCCGAGCUGUUUGCUGUUGUGAAGACCCUGCAGGCGUUGGAGAAGGCCUACAUCAAGGACUGUGUGACGCCUAACGAGUACACGGCCUCCUGCUCCAGACUCCUGGUCCAGUACAAGGCCGCCUUCAAGCAGGUGCAGGGCUCCGACGUGGGCUCCAUCGACGACUUCUGCCGCAAGUACCGACUGGACUGUCCUCUGGCCAUGGAGAGGAUCAAGGAGGACCGGCCCAUCACCAUCAAGGACGACAAGGGCAACUUGAACCGCUGCAUCGCCGAUAUCGUUUCUCUCUUCAUCACCGUGAUGGACAAGCUGAGGCUGGAGAUACGUGCCAUGGAUGAGAUUCAGCCAGACCUGCGGGAGCUGAUGGAGACCAUGAACAGGAUGAGCAACAUGCCUCCAGACUCUGAGGCCAAGGACAAAGUCAGCCGCUGGCUGGCCACCCUCAGCAGCAUGUCGGCCUCAGACGAGCUGGAUGACAGUCAGGUGCGCCAGAUGCUCUUUGACCUGGAGUCUGCAUACAACGCCUUCAACCGCUUCCUGCACUCCUCCUAGUCUUCUUCUUGCUCCUCCUCGUCUUCUUCUUACUCCUCCUCGUCUUCUGUCCACCAUCUUCUUCUUACUCCUCCUCGUCUUCUGUCCACCAUCUUCUUCUUCUUCUUCUUCUUCUUCUUCUUCUUCUUCUUCUUCUUCUUCUUCUUCUUUUUGUCCAUUCCAGCGCUGGAACUCAAACAUUCUUUUUCAAAGCACCGCCACGGAUGUUUAGAGUGGGUGACUCUCCUCCAAGUUCCAAGUGAAGAAGGGAGGAUCACAUGAUGGGACUUUUAGAGCUGAGCUCCCGUGUCAGAUGGAGAUGUCAUCUUGUACAGACUGAAGAACUCCACCUGCUUGUAGAAAUAAAGGAAGUCAAACCUCA